AUGUUUUCAAUCACAUUCGCAAAUUCGGGGGUGGUGGAGGCGGAGGAAAUAGAAGAACCAGGUGAGGAACUCGGUGACUUUGUUCCAGCGUGGGUCGAGGAAGGUGUUGAGGACAAUGAUGGCGAAGAAGAGGAAAUACUGCAGUUUGACCCCAUCGAUGACAACGAUGAAGAGCCAGUUGCUAACUUUGACCAUAUAGCGUGGGAGGGCGAUCACGAGUAUUUUUUUCCCGAGGCGUCGGAAUUCGAGGAUCCUGAGACAUUCGUACGCGAUGUGGAAAUCAAUGGGACGUCAACACCAUACUCGAUUCUUAGAAAAUUCAUGACGGAUGAAGUUAUUGGGCAAAUUAUUCAUCAGACCAACUUGUACGCACUACAGAGAAAAAUACCCCAAUGGAAAAACGUAACGGUGGCAGAGUUUUGGAACUUCUUGGCGCUACACGUACUGACUGGAGUUGUGCAGAAGCCAUCACUGAAAGAUUAUUGGAGUACGAACGUGCUGAUUGCCACACACUACUUUGGUGAAAUCAUGAGUAGGAAUAGAUUCAUGCAAAUCUUGCGUGGAUUGCACUUUGUCAAUAUGGAGGACCCUGAUUUGGACACAACCAACCGAUUUCACAAGUUGGGGACAAUCCUACCCGAUAUUGUGAACAAUUUCAGAAGAGCGGUCAAUCCUGGAGAGUUUCUGACACUCGACGAAGAACUGAUGCCAUUCAGGGGGAGGUUAAGUUUCAGACAGUAUAAUCCGAAAAAAAGAGGACGAUUUGGAAUCGAGUCGUUUUUACUCAUGGAUGCAGAGAAAAAAUACGUGCUCGACAUUUUGCCAUAUCAAGGUCGGAGUACUCCCAUCUUCGAUCAAGCGUGGAUCGCUGCUUAUGGCUUUGGCGGUGCUACAGAUCUUACAUUGUUAAGAAAAGGAUAUUUCCAUAAACAUCAUCGUCUUGUGUUGGACAAUUACUUUCAGUCUCCUACUCUUGCAAAAGUUCUCGUGAGACUUCAAGUCUUUGUUCUUGGAACUUUAUUUCCGGAACAAUUUCUUACUUUCGUGAUAAAAGAAAUGUUCAUCGCUUCGCAGGAAGACGCAAAGUUCAGGGGGAGGGGGGUAUUAGUCUUGCGUUACACUAGUGUGACAGAGGGGGGGGAGGGGUCUGAAAAAGGUCGAUUUUUGCGUUACAUAAUUUAUGAACGGCCCCCGAGGGCGCAGUGCGACGGGAUUAAGAAGUUUAUUGUCGCCCUCAUCAUCAAGACGAGUUCGGCGCCGGGCGCGCUGCAAGGCGACGAGAAGGUUUAUCUUAACAAGCUGAAUGUCAUAUUGGUUCAGAUCUUAAAGCGAGAAUGGCCCAAAAACUGGUCCACCUUCAUUCCCGAUAUUGUCGGCGCCUCGAAAACCAACGAAUCGCUGUGUCAAAACAACAAGACGAUUUUAAAACUCCUCUCAGAAGAAGUAUUCGACUUCUCAUCCGGUCAGAUGGUGCAGGCGAAGGUGGAAAAGUUGAAGGACACGAUGCACUCCGAAUUCUCCGAAAUUUUCAACCUUUGUCAAUUCGUUAUGGAAAAUACGACCAGUCCCCAGCUUAUCUUGGCCACGCUGGAAACACUGUUACGAUUUCUUAACUGGAUCCCGUUAGAGUAUGUGUUCGAGACGGAGCUAAUCAACGUACUGACGGGGAAGUUCCUCGCCGUCCCCCCGUUUCGCAACGCAACGUUGAAAUGUCUUACGGAAAUCGCCCCCCUCACGACGCCUUUUACGGAAUAUUGCCCCACCAAAUUUCUCCAGCUAUUCAGCCAAACACUGUCCCAGUUGAAGGUCAUGAUCCCACUUCCGAUCAAUAUCCGCGACGCCUUCUCCCGCGGUGGGGACGAUGAGCAGCAAUUCAUUCAAAAUCUGGCCCUGUUUUUAUCCACAUUUCUGAAAAAGCAUGAAAGUCUCGUGGGAAGAUACGCUCCAGACUUGCUGUUCAAAGGGUUACAGUAUCUCGCCCUGAUUUCGGAGGUGGAUGAUGUAGAAAUUUUGAAGAUCUGACAGUUUGCGGAGGUGAGAAAGACGACAUUUCUCGAAAUCUUCUUCUGCUCCCAUUCCAACCGGAACAUCUUCUACGGCCCGCUCCUCUCUAUGGUGCGAUACGUCCUCAUCAGCCGGAUGGUGAAACCGGAAGAAAUCCUCGUCGUGGAGAACGAGAAUGGCGAAGUGGUCCGGGAAUUCAUGCGGGACACGGAUUCCAUCACUUUAUACAGAAGAAAGCUGAUCUCCUUGACCCACCUGGACUGCACCGACACGGUUAAAAGUAUGAUGGAAAGGUUAAAGAAUCAGGUCAACGGGAGAGAGUGGAGUCCCCAAAAUUUAAACACGCUCUGCUGGGCAAUCGGCUCCAUUUCGGGCGCAAUGAAUGACAACGACGAGUUGCCCUUCAUCCUCAACGUGAUGGAGGACUUGUUCGUGUUGUCGUCGCAGAAGAAGAAGGUGAAGGACGCGAAGGGCGUGGUCAGGUUCAAAAUCGCGUUCAUGUACCUGGUCUCCCAAAACCUCCAGUUUCUCCGGGCGCAUCCCAGAUUUCUGAUAAUUUUUGUCAAGCUCUUGUUCGACAAUAUGCACCUGACCCAGGAAGGCGUGCAGGACAUGGCGUGUGACACCCUGGUCAAAAUUGGUCAACUCUGUUCACAUCUCUUCGUGACUGUUCAAAACGGGGAGCAUCGUCCCUUCAUCGAGGAAAUUUUGACGAGAUUGCCGACCAUAAUUUGCGACCUGACGCCGGGACAGGUGCAAACGUUUUAUGAAGCGGUGGGCCACAUGAUCUCGGGAGAGGAGGACAAUUUAGUGCGGGAUAAUUUUAUCGAGAGGUUGAUGGCGUUGCCGAAUACGGCUUGGGAUUCAAUUAUGAGUCAGGCCGCCAAGAAUGUUGAGGUCCUCGAGGAGAUUGAUUUCGUACAGCAGUUGGGAUGCAUUUUAGAGACGAAUGUUCGAGCGGCCAAGUCGUUAGGGCAUGUUUACGUUGGCCAGCUCGGCCGGAUCUACCUCGACAUGUUAGACGUUUACAAAGUCACGUCUGACAACAUCACAUCCGCCAUCGCCGCCACGUACGGCGAGUCCGUCACGAAGCAGCCGCUCAUCAAAGGGAUGCGCGUCGUGAAGAAGGAAAGUCUCAAACUGAUUUCGACCUGGAUCAGACGCUCGGAAAAUCCAGAACUGCUUCUCGACCACCUCAUCCCCGCCUUGUUGAACGCCGUCCUGCUCGACUACCAGGUCUGUUCCGUCCCCGCGGCACGCGAACCGGAAGUGCUCACCACGAUGGCGGCAAUCGUGAACAAAUUGGAGGCCGCUAUUACGCCACAAGUACCCAAGAUAUUUGACGCCGUGUUCCAAUGCACGCUCGGCAUGAUUACGAAAGACUUUCAAGAGUUUCCAGACCAUCGGGUGGGAUUCUUUGAAAUGGUGCAGGCCGUGACGACCCACUGUUUCUCCGCCUACUUGACCAUCCCGCCAUCCCAAUUCAAACUGGUGCUCGACUCGAUAAUAUGGGCGGUAAAACAUACCAUGCGUACCGUCUCGGGUAUCGGAUUGGAUAUCUUGUACACCCUUCUGCAGAAGAUAUCAGUCCAACCGGUCGAAAUUUCUCGAUCCUUCCGAACGUAUUUUCUGGAUAUUCUGGAGCACGUGCUGUCCAUCGUGACGGACUCCUCGCACGUGGGCGCCCUCGCCAUGCACGCCACCAUCUUGGCGUACCUCUUCUCCAUCGUGGAAAUGGGGCUCUACUUAUUUUCUGUAGGUAUCAGCGGCGGCGUCGCCGGGAUGGUGCUGACCCGCAUGAUUGAUCUCCUUAAGCGUGAAUUUCCCCACUUGACGGACAACCAGGUCAAGAUCAAGGUGCAAGGAAUGUUCUCUCUUAAUCAAGACGUGACCCGAUUUAGGGACCAUCUGAACGAUUUCUUGGUCCAGAUUAAGGAAAUUACCGGAGAUGACGAGUCCGACCUUUAUUUAGAGGAGCGUGAAGCAACAUUGCAGAAAAUUGAGGCGGAAAAGGGUCCAUUUUACAUGGCGGAGAAUGGAGAAUGGUAUUAAAUCCAGAAGAGGACAUUCCUAACUAAUUAACAUAUUAUAUUUGACAAUUUAAGAAUUUACAUAUUUAUUAUUUACUUUUUGAC